ACCAUUUGACGACGUGUACCCGGUGUGUACAAGUAUUCAGGCAUAUCACCUCUGCUAGGUAACAAACAGCCAUUUGAACCUAAAAAGCCUUAAAAGAGCAUAACAUGGGAGGCUCGCAGAGUGUGGAGAUACCGGGGGGAGGCUCCGAGGGAUACCACGUCCUCAGGGUUCAAGAGAACUCGCCUGGACACCGCGCCGGACUGGAGCCUUUCUUUGACUUCAUCGUCUCCAUCAACGACACCAGACUGAACAAGGACAAUGAUACCUUGAAAGACCUUCUGAAAGCCAGUGUGGAGAAACCAGUUAAGAUGCUGGUUUACUCUUCCAAGACUCUGGAGCUGCGGGAGUCUACAGUUACCCCCAGCAACCUGUGGGGGGGCCAGGGCUUGCUUGGUGUCUCCAUUAGAUUCUGCAGCUUUGAGGGAGCCAAUGAAAACGUUUGGCAUGUGCUGGAUGUGGAGCCCAACUCCCCGGCGGCCCUCGCCGGCUUGCGGCCGCACACUGACUACAUCAUUGGAGCUGACACUGUAAUGAACGAGUCAGAGGACUUGUUCUCGCUGAUAGAAAGCCAUGAAGGGAAAGGCCUGAAGCUCUACGUGUACAACACGGACACCGAUAACUGCAGAGAGGUCAUCAUCACACCGAACAGUGCCUGGGGAGGAGAGGGCAGCCUUGGAUGUGGGAUCGGCUACGGUUACCUGCACAGAAUUCCUACAAGGCCUUUUGAGGAGGGGAAGAAGAUCAGCUUUCCUGGAAACCCCCCCAGUGAGCCCCUCAGUCCGCUGAAGGACGGAUUCACUGAGGUGCAGCUCUCAGCAGUGACCCCCCCUCCUGCAGCCCCUUCUGCCCCCACAGGCCUUGGAGAUUCACUGUCUGGCCUGUCAAUCAGCACGGCCCCGCCCACCAUGCCCCGGGAGCUGCAGACAGGGUUGCCUACAGUGCCUCUGCUCUCCACCUCCACCAGCCCCGCCCUCAGCCCACUCACUCCACUGAAUCCUGCCGCCAUCGGCUUCAACCCCGCCUCCGCCUUCAACCCCGCCUCCGCCUUCAACCCCGCCACCACGCUACCAGGUCUGAUGCCCCUCCCAGCUGGCUUGCCUCCGCUCCCUCACCUGCCCAACCUCAACCUGACACUGCCAGACCUCAGUGCCAUGACCCUAGCAGGCACCUUACCAGUAGGAACCGUCCCCUCUCUGGCUUCGCUCCCUUCCUUCAACUUCCCCGGCCUGGCCCCCUUACCCCCUCUCCUCCCCCAGGCGAUGCUCCCCCUCCUGCCCCCCCAUCCCACAGCCUCCGUCACAGUCACGGCAGCGCCCGCCCCCGAGCCUGCCGCCGUCCCCACGGAAACAGCCUCCUCGAACACCACGGAAUCAGCGCCUCCGACGGAAACAACGCUAACCUCAUAACCUGGGAGAGAAACAUCCCGCUUGCCAUCAAACCAAAACACACACCCGGUUUCUCUCCCUCCCCCUCUGUCUGUCUUUCUCUGUAUUUUUCUAUUUAUUUGGCCAAGAGGGACACGCACAGGUGGGCACCCUCCAGGUUUGGGUGAGGAAGCGAUGAAGGAUGAGUGGAUAUGAAGAAUGGAGGACGGCUGUGGACCGACAUGUCUUUAUGACCAGAUCGUCACGGAGCUCGUCCACGCGCCCUAGAGGAGGACUCUAACAACACUCACACACAACAAGGACUUCCCCCUUUCUGAUCUGGCAAGCCUCUCUGUUUCACUCUUGUUUUUUUAUAUAUAUAUAAACAGUGUAUGUUAACGGGGCUGGACGAUAGAUUUACUGGAUCUACAUUAUAAAUUAACCUACCACACUUAAAUGAAACUGGACUAAAGUGGGUCUACAGAAGAAACGCACUGCUGUAUGAAAACAGGUAAACCAUUACUUUUUUGAUCUCAUCAUCCAGCCCUGACAUGUAACCUUUUAUUAGUUAAUGGCACCCCUGACCAAUAGAUCGAUUUGAUUGACAUGUAUACAUUUCUGUUGGAAAUUGCUGUAUGAGUGUCUCCACCCAAUGAAUGAAGCUGCAUUAUUUUGCACCACCUUUUUUGUGUUCUGAAAUUAUUAGUCUGUCCCUUUGUAUGUAUAACCAGAACUCUAUAGGUUCCGUUUUGACCACACCGGGAGGUAACAGCUUAAAGGCCGUGCCGGGGGGGGGUCAAAAUGCAGCAUGCUUAUAAAGCAUGCUGCAUUUUGUGUGUGAUCAGUAGGGAGGGUGGGACAUGGGUGAGGAGGUGCUUAUUUUUGCAGUACUUUACGUCUCCUCCUGGCAUGGCUGAACUGAUAGGCAGGUGCAGUGAUGCAGUACGACCACCAGGUGUCACUGUAACAGCUUAUAUCCCACUGUACAGCGCAAGCAAUAAAGCCAAAUUAAUUUUA